UUCAAAUUCAUAAAUUCUGUUCCCAGCCCCUCUGUCCCAGUCAACACCUUGCGGCGGAUCCUCUUCUCAUCAACCUUCUCCUUCCGCGAACCUUCAUAGGAUUCGCCCUCCUUUCUCUUUCUCACUUUGGAUAAAUAUUUCAUACAGCCUACGCUUCGCUGCAAAUGUUUGUCUUCUUCCUCAAUCCUGGUCUUCGAGUACAAGCUAACCCACCCUCAAUCAAGGACCUUAAUGUUGCUUUAUAAUUGCAGUCUUUGGUGGCAACCCCUUUGGUCAGAAGACUCCAUACUCGGUGAAACCGUCAUUUUCAACCCUAACAAUUAAAACUUUUGCUUAUAAAGCCUGCCCUGUCUCCGCCUCCUCUUUAUUCAUUUUGUUGAUUUUGCUCGUGGGUGUUUGCUGUUCGCGAUGGGGGAGAGUGCGCAGUUGCCCAUUGAGAUGAGAGCAUUGGAGUGUCUCGGUAAAGGGUUUGAUCUGACCAGUGAUUUCCGAUUGAAAUUUGCCAAGGGAAUCGAAGGCGGGAGGUUGGUCGAGCUGGACGAAGUGAACAAAAGGGACAUUUUGAUUCCUGGGGGAGCUACCAUUAAAGGAGUUUCUGAAGAUAUCCGGUGUGACAAAGGGGAUCGAAUCCGCUUCAAGUCCGAUGUACUUGAAUUCAACCAGAUGUCUGAGUUACUUAAUCAAAAGUCAGCAGUACAAGGAAAAAUUCCCUCGGGCUAUUUCAAUGCUCUCUUUGAUUUAAGUGGCGAUUGGUUUCGUGAUGCUGCUGACACCAAAUAUCUUGCUUUUGAUGGUUAUUUCAUUUCACUGUACUAUAUGCACUUAAUAGCUUCUCCACUUGUCCUGCGAGAGGAAGUAAAGAAGUCUGUUCCAUCUCAAUGGGAUCCAGCUUCCUUGUCUAGGUUCAUUCGGACAUACGGCACUCACAUAAUAGUAGGUAUGGCUGUUGGAGGGCAAGAUGUGAUCCUUGUUAAACAAAAACACUCUUCAAAACUUCCUCCUGGUGAUCUCAGAAGGUGUUUAGAAGAUCUAGGAGAUUAUAUGUUUUCAGAUAGAAGAAGCCCUUCCCUACUACAGAGGAAGACAGCAGAUGGAAAGCAUAAAGUUCCUGAAGUCUUCAAUCGUGUGAUGCAAUCCAGCACAAUGCAUUUCACCGGUAUUUCUGAAACAUCUAGCAAAGAUGGCCUCACUAUUAUCUGCUCGAAAAGAGGAGGAGAUGUUCUUAAGCCCAGUCACUCAAAUUGGCUCCAGACAGUGCCUUCUAAUCCUGAAGCAAUUCUCUUCAAAUUUGUUCCCAUAUCCUCACUUCUGGCAGGGAUUCCUGGGAGCGGUUAUCUUAGUCAUGCAAUCAAUUUGUAUUUGCGAUAUAAGCCUACUCCUGAAGAUUUACAAUACUUCUUAGAAUUUCAAAUUCCCAGGCAAUGGGCUCCCAUGUUUUGUGAGCUGCCUCUCAGGCAUCAAUGGAGAAAGAGCUCAUCAUCUUCCCUUCAAUUUACUUUCAUGGGCCCCAAACUUCAUGUCAGCCCUGCCCAGGUAUUAAGUGAAGAAAAACCUGUAGUUGGCCUCCGCUUGUACUUAGAGGGCAGAAAAUGUGACAGGCUAGCAAUACAUGUACAGCAUCUUUCAAGCCUCCCUAACACUAUGGUCUUCUCCUCAAGUAACCCAGCCAUGAGCAGGCCGUCUAUGUGGCGAGGUUCUGAUGAUCAUGAAUCCAGUGACCAAUUCCUGGAGCGAGUCAGAUGGAAGAGAUUCUCAAAUGUGUGCACGUCUGUAGUAAAGCACGAUCCUAACUGGUUGCAUGGUUCUAGUGGCGUUUAUAUUGUGAUUGGUGCUCAACUCUUUAUCAAAGGGAGUUGGCCAAGAAAUGUGCUUCAUCUGCGACUUCUCUUCACUCAUAUUCCAAACUGCAGUAUCCGAAAGACAGAGUGGACCACAGCACCAGAGGCUUCAAGGAAAUCAUCUUUCCUGACAAACAUCAGCACGACUUUCACAUUCACACAACAGAAUAAUACAGGUCCCCGGAAGCAGGCUCCAGCUGUACUUAAUUCUGGUGUUUAUCCUGAUGGUCCGCCUGUGCCAGUUCGCUCUGGUAAACUGCUUAAAUAUGUGGAGACAUCUGAGGUUGUGCGAGGUCCACAUGAUGCUCCUGGACAUUGGCUGGUAACAGCUGCUAAGCUAGUGGUUGAGGGUGGUAAAAUAGGAUUGCUGGUAAAGUUUGCAUUGUUAGACUAUUGGUGAGGCCAGGGUGCUAUGCUGUAUAGAGGGAGAAGUGUUGGUAAUUGUCCCUUUUCCUUGGUUCAUUUUGUUUAAUUUUUUUUUAUUAUAAAAAUACAGAAGACAUGUACAUAUGCUCCAAAAUGUCUUUGUAUAGGGCAAUACAGAAGGGAGUGGCAGCUGAGAUAGGAUAAUAGAAAAUUAAAUUGCGGCAAUUCUGCCAAUUCUGCCUUUGGGUGGCGUUGAUAGGUUCUUGUUUCAUCAAUUUUAAUAAUGAGAGAUGGUAUUUAACCAA